CUCCGCAAAGAGUAAAAAACGAAAAUAACAAAUUUCAUUUCAUGGCUUCCUCCUCUGUUUCACCCUUCAGUGAGACCCAUAGCCAGGACCUGAGCCCUCUUCAGAAGCAUGUGGCUUUCUUCGACAGGAACAAAGACGGGCUUAUCUACCCUUGGGAAACCUUCCAAGGGUUCCGUGCUAUUGGCUCUGGAAUUCCUUUGUCCAUCAUUGCUUCUAUCUUCAUUAAUGUCGCCCUCAGUGGUAAAACUCAUCCUGGAAAAUUUUCUCCCCUCUUCCCAAUCGAGAUGAAGAACAUACAUAUGGCCAAACAUGGGAGUGAUAGUGGUGUCUAUGAUACAGAAGGAAGGUUGGUACCAGCGAAGUUUGAGGAGAUCUUUCAUAAACAUGCCCAUACUGAUCCAAAUGCUUUGACAUCAAAAGAGUUAUCUGAAAUGCUCAAGGGCAACCGGGUUCCUAAAGACUAUGCGGGAAGGUUAGUUUGUUAUCGUGAUUAGAGCUUUAUAAUUAACUUCACUACAAGAAAACACAUUUUUUACGACGGAAAAAAAGCGUCAUAAAAAAUAUAAAACCGUUGCUAAAAAUAGCAGCGACGGUUAAUUUUCAGUCGCCAAUUC